CAAUCACACAAAGAAGCUGAUGGAGAAAGAAGAAAAACUGUGCGUAAAGAUUCUCCAGACCCUCCGAGAGAUGCUGGAGAAGAAGGACAGCUUUGUGGAGGAGGGUCGCACAUUACGAAAAAUACUCUUGAACCGGUACCUCAAAGGCGAUUACGGGGUCGGCAUGAAUGGACACCUAGUGGGAACCCACUCCAAGACUUCGCAAGGAGGAGCAGGCUUCUCUGGACAGGACUCAGACAAGACGGGAAUUUCAGUGUCCGAUAUCCAGUGUCUGUUGGACAAAGAAGGCGCCUCCGAACUUGUCAUUGAUGUCAUCGUGAACACCAAAAACGACAGGAUCUUCUCCGAAGGCAUCUUGCUGGGCAUUGCCCUGCUCGAAGGAGGAAACACACAAACCCAGUAUUCCUUCUACCAACAGUUACACGAGCAAAAAAAGUCAGAAAAAUUCUUCAAAGUUCUCUAUGAUCGAAUGAAGGCUGCUCAGAAGGAGAUCAGAUCCACAGUGACGGUUCACACCACAGACUUAGGGAGCAAGAAGAGAGAAGAGGGCAGUGACCUCGUGCCGUCUGGGCCUCGGGUGAGAGUGAGAGACUCAACGCUGCAUUUGAAGGAGGGGGUGAAAGGGCAGUUAACAGAGGCGUCUUCAGCAACGUCCAAAGCGUACUGUGUGUAUAGAAGAGAAAUGGACCCAGAAAUAGACAUGAUGUGCCCGGGACCAGAAGCAGGAAGCACGGAGGAAAAAUCCGCAGAGGAAGUGACCAUGAGUCCUGCCAUCACAAUCAUGCGGCCCAUCCUAAGGUUUCUCCAGUUACUUUGUGAGAAUCACAACCGGGAGCUGCAGAACUUUCUGAGGAAUCAAAACAACAAAACAAAUUACAACCUCGUCUGUGAGACCCUUCAGUUUUUGGACUGCAUCUGUGGAAGUACCACGGGUGGGCUGGGUCUCCUGGGACUCUACAUCAACGAGAAGAACGUAUCUCUAGUCAACCAGACCCUGGAGAGCUUGACCGAGUACUGCCAGGGCCCAUGCCAUGAAAACCAGACCUGUAUCGCUACACAUGAAUCGAACGGUAUUGACAUCAUCAUUGCUUUGAUUGUGAACGACAUCAACCCUCUUGGCAAAUACCGGAUGGAACUGGUGCUGCAGCUGAAGAACAACGCCUCCAAGCUUUUGCUGGCCAUCAUGGAGAGCAGGCAUGACAGAGAGAAUGCAGAGAGGAUUUUGUUCAACAUGAGACCCAGGGAGCUGGUGGACGUCAUGAAGAAUGCCUAUAACCAAGGACUGGAGUGUGACCACGGGGACGAGGAGGGCGGGGACGAUGGUGUUUCCCCAAAGGACGUUGGACACAACAUCUACAUUCUGGCCCAUCAGCUGGCUCGUCACAACAAAGUGCUGCAGCAAAUGCUAAAGCCAGGGUCGGACCCGGAGGAAGGGGACGAGGCCUUGAAGCAUUAUGCCGACCACACUGCGCAGAUCGAGAUUGUCCGGCACGACAGAACUAUGGAGCAAAUCGUUUUUCCUGUCCCCAAUAUCUGUGAGUUCCUCACUCGGGAGUCUAAGUGCCGCGUGUUCAACACAACAGAGCGUGAUGAGCAAGGAAGCAAAGUGAACGACUUUUUCCAGCAAACCGAAGACCUCUACAGCGAGAUGAAGUGGCAGAAGAAAAUCAGGAACAACCCCGCCCUCUUCUGGUUCUCCAGGCACAUCUCUCUCUGGGGGAGCAUCUCUUUCAACCUGGCUGUGUUCAUCAACCUGGCUGUGGCUCUCUUCUACCCAUUUGGAGAUGAUGGAGAUGAAGGCACGCUCUCCCCGCUGUUCUCCGCCCUCCUUUGGAUCGCGGUUGCGAUCUGCACAUCCAUGCUGUUCUUCCUCUCCAAGCCUGUGGGAAUCCGGCCCUUCCUUGUUUCUGUCAUGCUACGAUCAAUAUACACCAUCGGUCUGGGGCCCACGCUGAUACUGCUUGGUGCUGCUAACCUUUGUAAUAAGAUUGUAUUCCUGGUGAGUUUUGUGGGAAACCGUGGCACGUUCACGCGAGGGUACCGAGCGGUCAUCCUGGACAUGGCUUUCCUCUACCACGUGGCGUACGUCCUGGUUUGCAUGCUGGGUCUCUUUGUCCACGAGUUCUUCUACAGUUUCCUGCUUUUUGACCUGGUGUACAGAGAAGAGACUCUGCUCAAUGUCAUCAAAAGCGUCACUCGGAACGGCCGCUCCAUCAUCCUGACUGCGGUGCUGGCCCUCAUCCUGGUCUACCUGUUUUCCAUCAUUGGGUUCCUGUUUUUGAAGGACGACUUCACCAUGGAAGUGGAUAGACUGAAAAACAGAACUCCAGUCACAGGUAAUCAUGGAGUUCCUACCAUGACCUUACCUUCCAUGAUGGGAGCCUGCCUGAAGGAGAACUGUUCACCUACCAUACCAGCCUCAAACACAGCUGAUGAAGACAGUGAAGAUGGGAUUGAGAGGACGUGUGACACUCUGCUGAUGUGCAUUGUCACAGUGCUGAACCAGGGUCUCAGGAACGGCGGUGGAGUGGGGGAUGUGCUCAGACGGCCAUCCAAAGAUGAGCCCUUGUUCGCUGCCCGGGUGGUAUAUGACCUCCUUUUCUUCUUCAUCGUCAUCAUUAUCGUUCUUAACUUGAUUUUUGGUGUUAUCAUCGACACCUUUGCGGAUCUCAGGAGUGAGAAGCAGAAGAAAGAGGAGAUUCUCAAGACGACCUGCUUCAUCUGUGGCCUGGAGCGGGACAAGUUUGAUAAUAAGACAGUCUCGUUUGAGGAGCACAUCAAGUCGGAGCACAACAUGUGGCAUUAUCUGUACUUCAUCGUCCUGGUGAAGGUCAAAGACCCGACUGAAUACACCGGCCCCGAGAGCUACGUGGCUCAGAUGAUCGUGGAGAAGAAUUUAGACUGGUUUCCCCGGAUGCGAGCCAUGUCGCUUGUUAGCAACGAAGGUGACAGUGAGCAAAAUGAGAUUCGGAACUUGCAGGAAAAGCUGGAAUCGACCAUGAGCCUGGUGAAGCAGCUGUCGGGGCAGCUGGCAGAGCUGAAGGAGCAGAUGACAGAACAAAGAAAGAAUAAGCAGAGACUGGGUUUCCUGGGAUCAAACACACCCCAUGUGAACCAUCACAUGUCACCGCACUGACACCACGGGGGACGCCUGACCAGCCUUUCAUCGGAUGCCUGCCUCUUUGCUGAAGGAAGGACGGAGCUGGAGGGAGCGAACAGUGCCUAUUGUUGAAAAGUUAAAAACAACCAAGUGCCAAGAUGCUGAGCCCUUUAGCUCCAAGAACAAUCUGUAACUGUGUUUUCACGCUUGAGCAGACCCAAGCGAAAAGGCAGCCCGGGGCACAGACUCUCAGGGCAGCCAGAAGGAACCCGUGGGCUGGCGAGGGUGGGAGAUCCUGAGUCAUAGGAGAGAGCAGGAUCCCUCUGCUCAACCCAUAGGACUCAGACUUGCCUAACAGGCUGUCUGCAGCCUCCGUUAUGGUUGGUUGGAAUUGAUUUCUUUUAAUUGUGGCACCCGGGUCAGUGAGACAGGGAGCUUUGGUAGCUAAGUUUUAUUAAGGAAAAAUUUAAAAGAUUAAAAAUGAGAGUUAAAAAGAAACCCUGUUAUGCUUCUCAGCCCUACCUGUGACUGGAGAUGAUGGAACACAGUGGACAUGGGGCUGUACACCUCAAACACUGACAACGUAACUGGAACAUUCCUGCGUUUUCAGGAAUGCAUAUGGGUUCUAUGCAGGGGCUGCACAAAAAGAAAUUUUCAUAGAACUUGCUGGGAAUAUGUUUAAAGUCAUGUGUCGGCUAAGAUCAUUAAAGAUCUAGAGAAGAAAACUGACCAUAAGCCUCAGGGAAUAAUGUGUUGAGCACAUGUGCUAUUAAAAAUACUGAUAUUAAUAAACGAGAAACACAGGUGACAGGGAUAUUGAGACACGAUGAUGGCCUGGCCUUUUAUAAACGAGUGAAAACAACUUGAUUUAUAUUUGUGGUGCUUAAGAAACAAUGUUUUUGUUCAGUUACUACAGCUGAGGGACAGGACAUCUAAGAACUAUAUCAAAUACACACACACACAAAAAAAACAUUUCAGUGGCAUAUUUAAGACUGUUACAGUAAGGGCGAUUCAAAAUAGAAACAGAUCAUUUCUUCCCCAAACUGCUUUUCUGUUGAAUCAUGCGACCAGAAUUUAUUGAGAGAGAAAGUAAGCUUGGUGGUUAGAUUAUUUUUGGAGACUGCACAUUUGAAAGAUUAGAACAAAAUACAGUGAAAGUGUUAGAAAAAUUGCAGAAAAACUUCUUUGUGGAGAGGGCCGGUGGCCACGACUCCGCUCCCUGAGGAAGGCCUUACACAUUGCAGUCUUCCAGGCGUAGCCACCAAGGGCAACGUGAGGUUUUCUGUGACAACUUUUAAAGCUUUUGGGUGUUCCAAUACAGUUUUAACUGUUGGUGCCUAAAACUGUCAGAUCCUGGGUCUGUAUAGACAUUCAAGAAACCUGAGUGGGCCCUUCUCACGCUCUUUGGAUGUAGACUUGGGAUCCGGCUGUUGGACCCGGAGUGAUGAAUUUAGAACUGAAUCUAUUGGUACACUCACACACACACACCAGGACCACCCCAAAUUAAGGAAUGCCCUCAGCUAGGGCAGUAUUUUUUUAAGCCCAUAUUUGAAUGACUCUGACUCCUGUGAUCCACAGAUACUGUGAGACAAGUACAGGCAGUAGGGACCUUUGACCCAACCUGGCAUGUCAGAGACUUGCCAUUCCUUACCCUUAAUUCUUCACUAGAACUUUAAGCAAUAACCACAACAUUAUAUUUUAGUAUCCCCAAAAUCACACCAAGGCAGCCACUUUUAAAACCCAAGGCCAUAUUGCUGUUAACAAUAUCAGGUAAAGGUACAUUUGGCGGGGCUGGAGACAUGCUCAGCAGUUAAGAACACUGUUCUUCCAGAGGACCUGGGUUCGAUUCCCAGCACCCACAUGAUGGCUAGCAACCAUCCAUGACUGCAGUUCCAGGGGAUCUGAUACUCUCUUCUGACCUCCUUGGGCAUUGCAUGGCAUGGGUGCACUAACAUGCAUGCAGGCAGUAUACUCAUACACAUAAAAUAAAAAGCUUUUUUAAAAGUACAUUUGGCAAGAGGAGAGAGAAGUGGUAAGUAAAUGUGUUGCCAUGUGGGCGCCACCCGGGUCACCACGGAAGAAAAGAGCCCCAAUGUUGAACUAAAAGUGGAAAGACUGAAUUAGCUUGCACAGGUGUGAGCAGCCUCUUUUAGAGGCUGUUCGAACUGGUCUUUCCUGACUCAAUAAUGGUUGGUUCUGUAGGGAAUAAGGUAUGUAACUGACUGAACCUCCUAGCCACUGAGCCAGCUGCAGCCAGCCACUGUUUGAGGCACAUUUUUCUCCUAAGUAAACAUCCAAAAGAGACCCUAAUAACGAGACUCUUUAUCAAAAUUUUUUUAAAAUGUAGCUCAUUUUGUUUUUGAGACAGGGUCUCCCUGUGGCCCCAGUUGGCCUAGAACUCACUAUGUAGACCAGGCUGCCCUCAAUCUCACACAGAUCUGCCCGCCUCUGCCUCCCAAGUCCUGGGAUCAAAGGUGUGCACCACCACGCCUGGUUUAAGCUGUAAUUUUAAUGUCUUUCUUACCUACAUGAUUAGAGAUUAUUUUAAAAAAGCUAAACAAAAGGCACUUUCCAGGACACUGAAUUCAUGAAGAAGUU